CGCUCAGACCGAAGCGUGGCUGGCGUGUUAGUCCGCAUUCAACGCUUAUUUACAUAGGCUUUUGUUCAUUUAUAUUUCGUUAACAAUACGAUUGAGGGGGAUGUCCUUGCUAUAUCUCGCUCACUGACGUUGUGCCGAAGUCAACUCACAUUGUAACGUAGUGUAGAGCUGCCUCGACUGAAAACAAACUCGUGUGGAAUAUGCCGAAUGUAACAGAAGAAUUGGGGCAAUAAAAUGGAAAAUUAUAUCAAAUUUCACUCUUUUGUUGUGCACCAGAUCAUUUUCGCUUACAUAUUAAUAAUUUCUGCAACAAAAAGAGGAGGCAUUCGCUUAACAGAUGAGUCUGGAAUCAUAACAAGCCCUGGGUAUCCAAAUGGUUAUCCUAAUAGCAUUGCUUUUAUUUGGCUAAUUAACACGACGGAGUCAAAAUAUGUUGAGCUGACGUUUGUGGAUUUUGAUGUGGAACCAUAUCGAGACUGCUCCGCUGAUUACGUCAAAAUUAGGAACAAGAAACCGACUCAUGGGAAUUUCAAAGAUGUCCCGCAAAUUGCAACAAAAAGAGGAGGCAUUCGCUUAACAGAUGAGUCUGGAAUCAUAACAAGCCCUGGGUAUCCAAAUGGUUAUCCUAAUAGCAUUGCUUUUAUUUGGCUAAUUAACACGACGGAGUCAAAAUAUGUUGAGCUGACGUUUGUGGAUUUUGAUGUGGAACCAUAUCGAGACUGCUCCGCUGAUUACGUCAAAAUUAGGAACAAGAAACCGACUCAUGGGAAUUUCAAAGAUGUCCCGCAAAUUGAUCUAAAAUCAAAAGAAUCGUCCAGCAAACUACUUAACAAAGGCCCAUACUGCAAUGACAAAAAACCCCCGAAGAUUGUAAUCUCAAGUUCGAAUUUGAUGGCGAUUGUUUUCAUAUCUGACUCAUCAUUAUCAUAUCGAGGUUUCAAGGCAACGUACAGAUCAUUGGAUAAAAAAGCCUGUGGUGAAGUGAAGAAGAAGAAUUUUGAUUUAAUAAUGACGCCUGGAUUUCCUUGGACGUACCCAAGAGAAGGAGACUGCUUGUGGCUGAUAAACGUCCAAGAAGGGAAGUAUGUUCGUCUGGAAUUCCUUGCUUUCGAGCUAGAGUUCAACGCUCAGCUUUGUAUGGACGAGAUUUUUGUCUGGGAUGGCAAAACAGAGUUGUCUCCUUUGUUACACAGUGGCUGCAGAUUCAAGCCACCCGUUCUCUUCUCGAGUUCGAAUCAUUUGAGGAUAAAAUUUACAUCAAGAGGGUACCAUCGCAGCCACGGAUUCAAGGCAUUUUACACAACAACAACGACAAAGGGUUGUGGAGGAGAAUUUCUUUUACCCAAUGGCACUUUCACAUCACCCAGGUUCAACUUGGAAGCGGGCUACACCUACCCAGCCUAUAGCAACUGCUUGUGGACAGUAACAGCUCCAGAAGGUCACGUGGUUUCCUUCAAAUUCGUUAUCUUUGAUGUUCUGGCUGGCAGCACUGGCUUCUGUGAUGAAGAUUACGUACAGAUAUUUGACGGGGCAACCAGCCAGACGAAUCCGAUAGGAAAAUAUUGCAAUAUUGAAAAGCCCAAUGUGAUUUCAUCGAGUGGCAACUCGCUGUCAAUGAAGUUCUUAACCAAUGCAAGAAAAAGCGGAAAGGGUUUCAAAGUACAAUACAGAACUCACAAGACAGGAUGCAAAGAUCCCCUGGGAAUGGAAGAUGGACGUAUACCAAGUUUUAAAGUAACUGCAUCCUCGUUCCUUCGAGAGAGUCCCCAUUUCAGACCUGACUCGGGGAGACUUAAUGGACCACAUACUUGGUGCACCCAGCCACAAGUAAACAACAGAGUUGGAGAAUUCAUCCAGGUCGACUUGGGAAGUCCAACUUUAUUAACUGGGUUUGCUACACAGGGAUACAUGAUGGCUGGAACACGGCAGUCCUACUAUGUAACAAGAUACAAGGUUCUGUACAGCCAAGAAGACGGAAGAUUCUUCAAGACGUACGCUGCGCCGUCAAAGAAGGCAGAGAAUGAUAAGCAAAAGAUUUUUACUGGAAACACAGAUUCAAUAGGUAUCAUAAGGAACGAUUUGGAACACCCCGUGGUUGCAAGGAUGUUCCGUAUAGUUCCUCUUGGCUACGUGCAUGGAAAGAAAAGGACCAUAUGUACCAAAAUCGAAGUUUAUGGAUGCAAAUUCUACUUCGGUGAUGGGAAAAUGUUCCAGGCACUAGAUGGCCAAAUUUUGUAUAGUGGCAGAAUCUCAAGUCCAAAAGAAAGCCACUGGGUUCUUUCACCACCAACGUUUAACAGAAAUUCCGUGCUCUAUGUAAUGCCUCUUUAUUUUAACAUUGAUUGCGAGAAGGCAAACUUGAGAAUAGAGGAUGGUGUACAGAACAACACAUACUGUGGAUCGAAUAAGCCACCUCCUUUUCAUAUCUAUUCUGGAAAUCAGCAGCUAACCGUUUCAUUGAGAAGAAAAGAUGGAAGUUUAGAGGGACAAAGAUUCGGGCUGCAAUAUUUUGUAGAAUACCUCGGUUCAGGGAGAGUACUUCGUGCACCGCAGGGGAUAGUAAGAGCCACUCGGGGGAGCAGAAGUCUGAACAUGGACGCUUACAAUACCUCAAAAAGCACAUGGAUAAUUCUUUUGCCUAAAAAGCAAAAGGUAGCAGCAAAAUUCACGAGACUUCAACUAGACGGUGAAAAUAAUGGCAAAUGUGAAGAGUUUGUUCAAAUUAAAGAUGGUGUAUUUGGCUCUUCUGCAACACUUGGCAAUUUCUGUCGGGGAGCACCAGAAAAAGCUUUUGUGACAUCAGGCAACGCCAUGAGAGUAGAGUUUACGUCAAAUGUGAAAUCUGAAAGGCAAAAAAGAGAUGUGCCAGCUGCAACAGUCUCCUUUGAAAUAGCGUAUACAAACGUUGAGGAGACUGACGCUCCAAGUCCCGGGAAACUUGCUUUCCUGAUGCACGACCCUCCAUCCACGCCUAGGCCUAAAGAUAAAAGCGGGACAAAUGCAUCGUACCAUGGCAGUAAUAGGAUCAACACUGCAGUCAUCGUCCUUUUGAUGUUUAUUAUCCAGAUACUAUUACCGACUUGAGAGUCUUUCUGUCUCAUUUUCGGUUUGCCUCGUUUUUCCACUGUGUAGAUAAAACACGCAACCGUAUAAGUACCCGGAUGCAAGCUCUUGUAGUGCCGUCAAGUCCGUCAAUCUCCGAUUGGCCUGCACGAUCUCAACAUUCAAGGAAGUUGAAAGCUCUCUGGAUAUCAUUUUCUUCAAGCAAUUUAUUUCCACUCUCCGUUGAAGCCUAAUGGUUGCUAUGGAUUAGCUAGAGACUUCAUUGGCACGACAGUUUUUCUGUACAAAAGCGAUCAAACUGAAUAUGACAAAAAUGCUUUUGCAGAACACCGAGAAGAAAACUAUUUCAACGACUGAAAGGAACCUUCUCAACAUGUUGGCUUACUAAAGGGCAAGAUUAUCAACAGAGCAAAGAGAUGUUAAAAUUUUCUUGCCUACACGAUGAGUAGAACAGGCUACCUGUAAUCUUAAGGGUUUUGUAAAGAGUUAUUCAGCGGAUGCUGGUUUAUUUAUUGUCAAUUGCGGGAUAUAUAAAAAAACAUUUCUAGGUACUUCAUAGCAGCUUUUGCUUGAGUCAACCCUAGCUUAGGCCUGUCUAGGAGAAUGUAUCCUUUCAAACUGGCUACGCAACCUUAUUUUUGUUUACCAACAAAUGGCAAAUGAAAUGUAAUGAUGUCAUUGUAUGGUAAGCAUAGCUUUUUUGGGAUAUUGGGGGAUGUUACAUGCUAAGUUUUCUGAAACUUCAAGAACCCUAUGCAAAGGUUGGGAAAGAUCUUGUGAGAAUGCUCAGACUCAAAGAUUGCCCAAAGUACAAGAUUUUUCAGGUCCUAGUAUGAAUAUCUCGAGCCCCGUUGAAAAGAUUGAGAAUUCUAAGCAAAACUUCUUCAUAACCUAUUGCCUAUAUGCCCAUCAAUGUUGAUAAUGAAUUUAUUGGCAUCUUUAUGCUAAAAUCCUAGACCCUCAGAUCUAACUUUAUGUUUUUAGUAUUCAAAACCUUAUGAGACACUGCUUGUUUCUGCGAAAUUCAUAAGUACAAAUAUCGUUUUCUGUAAAUACAUCCAGUCUUUGAAAAAUAAGGUCAAAUCAUGAGAGAUAUUUGUCCUUUUGCAUAAUUAAUCAAAGAAUUUAUUGGUUGAUACAAACAUAUAAAGAUUAUAAAUUCGGUAUAAUUAUCAACAAUUAUCAUAAAUUAUUACUUGUAUUAUUUUCAGUAUUUGACAUUGUCACAGACGUUGUUUUUACCUGUCAGGUUCCAACAGAGUAUUUAUUUGAUAAAAAGUUUAUACCUUAUUUAAUGUCACGUCAGCAGGUAACUUCGCAACAAGUAUGACAUUAAAUGCAACAAACACAUA